CUCAGACAGUGCCGAGCAUCAGCGGGGAGCAAGGUAGCACACGCUAGUGGUCGACCCACACCCUGUUGUGUCGUUAAAGAACAUCCUUUUUACUUUGUUUCUCCAGUCCCUCACCUCCCCUGCGCGGUUACCUGUCGUUAAAGAUGUACUGAACUGUGCACUCCGUGCCACUUGUCUUAGCUGUGGUGGCGAAACAAAACUGCUAGCUAUAGUGGUCAUCAGUCUCUACCAUCAAAACCUCGGAGGGUUUUACGGUUGCCAGAGGAUCGAAAGAGGCGACUUAACUUCGACACCUUUGGUGGAUUUUCUUAUCAACCACGUUGGUUACCUGUGGUUUGGCUAUUCCCAGCUGUGUCCAUUCCAGAUUGUGACAGAACCUCACCUCCUCUCAGGGACACAGUUCUCCUUUCAUGAUCUUAGGCCCAACGGACGAUCCCCUUGUCGGUCUAAGAACGAGGCAGCAGACUUCGCAAAAAGGAAAAUAGAAAGAGGAGAGAUAGAAAGAAAGGGGAUAAACCGUUUUCAGGGGUUUAAAAAGGGCGGCCUCUAAGAAAUGCUGCUGAAUAGACAUCAAAGCACGACCAAAAAGCUAUCAUGGACUUGGCAAGACGCAGAAUAUGAAGUCUUCACACCACACAUUGAGAGACGGGUCUUGAAAAUUUUGCCACUGGAAGGAAGGGGAGUGCAUAAUACAGACAGGAGAGACAAGCAGAACAUGGGAUCGCUGGCUGGGGGCGGUGAAAGCAAAGGAUUUAUCCUAGUAUCACAUCUACACGACGCAGCAGAAUGUGGGGACACGACUUUAGCAAGACAUCUGCUAGAAGAAGGUAUAGACGUUAGGUCAUCUUAUGAUGAUGGUGUGACUGCUCUUCAUCUGGCUUCUUGCAAAGGACAUGUCAGUUUUGUUGACCUCCUGCUGAAAUCCAGAUGCCCGCCAGACAUUGGCACCAGCAUUGGACUAACUCCCUUGCAUUAUGCUGCGGCCCAGGGCCAUACCAAGGUCAUUGAAAUGUUGGUUUCUGCUGGGGCCCAUGUCAACGCUUCAUGUGCAAAGGGUCGAACCCCGCUGUUUGUUGCUGCAGAGAAUGGUACCUUGGAGUCUGUGAAAACCCUUUUGAAGGCUGGUAGCCAGGUGAAUUGUGCAUCUGACCUAGGAAUGACACCAUUGAGUACUGCAUCACUUCACAGCCAUGAAGAGGUGGUCCGGGUUCUGUUGCAGCAUGGGGCCAGUGUUAACAUUGCUGAUCGCCAUAACAACCUCCCCCUGCACUGUGCAGUUCCGUAGUGGUAAUACCAGACUUGCAUCUGCCAUCUUGGCUGCAGGGACUGAGAGGAAUAUUCUUAACAAGAACUUUGAGAGUCCUGUGCACAUUGCUGUCAGAACCGGUGAUUCAUUGAUGUUGGAAUUGCUAAUCAAGGAAG